AUGGAUGAACUUCGACAAGCUCAAGCAGAAAAAGUUCAAGAGGCGCUAAAUAUGGGCGAGAUUGAAACUGGUAAGGGCUUAAAUCAAGAACUUGGUCUUGCUAGAGCUGCUAAUACUCAUUGGGGUUCACACUAUAAAUCAUUUACGAACUUUAUUAGUAUGUUUAGUUCUAUUACUGAUGUCCUUGAUACUAUUGUUGUUGAUUCUAAAUGUGUUGAAGAAAAAACUAGGGCAACAGGAUAUCUCAGAACUUGUCAAACGUUUAAGGUUGCUUUUAUAUUGCACUUAAUAAGAGAUACUUUAGCAAUCACAAAUGAGCUUAAUGAAUUCUUACAGAAGAAAGAACAAGAUAUUGCAAAUGUUGUUCUACUUUUUAAAGUGGUGAAAAAACGAUUGCAAGAUUUACGGGAUGAAGGAUGGGAUCCACUUAUCAAAAAUGUGUCUGCAUUUUGUGUUGAAGUAUUUUUUAAAAUAAUUGAUUGGCAACUUCAAGAACUCAAUGAUCGUUUUAAUGAGGUGAGAGCAGAUUUGCUUAUUGGGGUUACUUGCUUGUAUCCUGUUGACUCAUUUUCUAAUUUUGACAUAAACAAAAUAUUGAGAAUGACUGAAUCAUAUCUUGAUGAUUUUGGUGAAAAUAUAAUGGUUACUCUCAAGAAUCAGCUAGAGACUUAUAUUGUAGAUGUUCGUGAUGUUGAUGAAAGGUUUUCUAAUCUUAAAGGACUUGGUGACCUUUCUGAGGAGCUAUUUGCAUUGCUCUUGUCGGUUGCCACUGCUACAGUUGAAAGAGCCUUUUCGGCAAUGAAAGUUGAUCAAGAGUGA